CAGCAGUCGACUUCGUAGCGUAUUGAAAUUAAGUAGUUCGCAGUAUGAAUCGCUUUCUAUCUCCAUUUGAUUAAAUUUUGGGAAAUUUCAAGUUUCAAAAAUCUACUGGACGCUCCAGUAAUUUUCAAAAAGUCGCAGGAGGCUCCAAAACGAGUUGAAGUCUACCUGCAGUUGUCUUCGUAGCGUGUUGAAAUUAUGAUUUGAAGGUUUUCCAGGGUGUCUAUUAUUUUCAACAAGCCAUUUUCCCGGACUUUUCCAUUAUAUUUUGGCAAUUUUGUAUGCUGGUUAUAAAUAAAUUCGUUCGUUCUUCGGAUGUAAAAAAUAGCUAAACUUUGAUUAUUAACUUUUUUUUGAUUUAAAAAAUUUUUUAAACAUGCAAGCAGUGGUGUCCCGCUCCAAAUUUUCUGGCGAGGGAGGGGAGUGAAUUGGAUACAACAAUGGCGAAUGAAAAACCAAAAAUUGAGAAUAAUUUUGACUCGCAGAACUAAGAAUAAGUACAUAAUAUGUACAAUACUCAAGAGCAAUUAAAACAAUAUUCACAAUUAUGAUUUAUGAAAACUUUUUUUUUCUUUUUUGGAUUUUCGGAUGCCUCAAAUAUGAAAUUUGUAUAGACUAAAAUGAGAAAAAAAUUGGCUGCAGCGAAGCGAGGGUGCGAGCUAAUGAAAAUUUUCACUUUGAGAUGCCUAAAAACGAUGUUUUUUUUGUGAAGAAUUUAUUUUUUGGCUUUAAAACUCGCGAUCAGCUGGCUCCAGAGAUGGAAACAGAGAGACUUUGGAGUACUCGUAAGUUGUAAACAAAUUUACUGGACGAGUAUAGGCCUACCCGCUAUAAGUACCUUGGAGGUUAUGACCGGUACGAGCAGAUUUACAAUUAUUCAUACUACAUACGAGAUGUAGAUGUAUGGUAAAGAAGUGCGGCGGAGAUGGCGCUGGCGGUCGCGGUCGCGGUCGCGGUUAAAGGAUGACAAAUAUUUUACGAAUGACCGUCGAUCAACGAACGCGGAACGGAGACGCAAACCAGUGCUGCCAGACGUACGGAAAAGUCCGGAUUUGUACGGAAUUUUGAGAUGUACGGAUUGCAUGUACGGAAAAACGUACGGAUUUGCCAAAAAAUACGGAAAUGUACGGAUUUCUCGAUUUUUACCCUCUAAAACAUGCAAAAAUGGACGUUUUUUUGGUUUUUGGAACCAUAUUUUCAAAAAAUUUUCGCUCUCGCUUCGCUCGAGCAGUAAUUUUACCUUCCUUCUUUUGAAAUAAUCAGCAUUAAUCACACAUAACGAAAGGUUUUCAAACAAUUAUGUCUGAUUUCAAUUUUUCAUGUCUAAAAGGUCAGUUUCACACGAGUUCAAAAUCAAGAAACAUGAUAUUUUUGGGUUUUUUUAGUGUACGGAAAUGUACGGAUUUCCUUUUUCAUGAAAAAUACGGAUUUUUGAGGUUAUUGGGCUGGCAGCACUGACGCAAACGCAAACGCAACGCAAUGCAACGUAACGUAGGUGCUACGAUGAUGCUAGGUAGAGGUAGAGGUGCUAAUCGUCGAAUAGUAUUAGUAUUAUACGAGUACUCGUAUUGUAUGCAAUACGCAUACGCACGGCCGCGUUAAGUCGUCGUCAUCAUCGUCUUCGAUUUCGAUGAUUUGUUUGAUGUGUUUUCGAAUUUUGAGAUCGUAGAAUCCGUAUUACGCUGUUAUCCGUGUAUAGAGGCAAUCCAUGCGCAUAUCUGUAGUUCUUUGCUGCUGCAUGUCUAUAGGUCGUCGAGUAGGUUCCUAAUUACGAGUAGGUACGAGUAUCUCGUUGUUUUUGCGCGCGGUUUUUUGUUCUCCACCCCAGUCGUCGUGGUGGAGUUUUAAUCGACAAUUCGCCGACAACCUAAUUAGCAAAAUUACAGAAGCGAGUAAAAAAAAUCAAAAAACGCUCACACCGCACCCCUCUGCGUUGAGUCACGUCUCGUCGCGUCGCGUCGCGUCGCGUCGGCGUCGUAUUCUGGUAGUUGCGCCAGCGCCAUCGCCAGCCUCACUCCGCACCGGUUUCUCUCAAAAACGCUCCGUAGCGUAGUACGAGUACAUACUGUACAGUGUAGACGAAAAACCAACUGAGUUGCGUUACGUUACGUUGGGAUGCAUUUCAUCGCGUUAUUUACGCCCUACACUUGAUACGUAAUUAGUAAUAGAUAUUCGCAUCGUAUUUCGUACUCGUACAAUCGUACAUGCUCGCAUCACAUUUACCUACUCGUACGUACUCGUAUGUAUGAGUUCGAAUAGCUCGUAAGCGUGAGCAACGGAAAAAAUUUUAGUUGUAAAUCGCUUGUUCAGUCAAAGUUGCUGGUUGCGCGUGCUUUCGGUAAAAAAAAAUACUCGUAGUUAUACUCGUACUACCUACAAUUUGCAAUUCACAUCCAACAUCCAACAUCGAACAUCGCUCCACCUGAAGCCUGUGUAACGACGUCGUGCCCGAGACAAGAGUACAAAAACGAGAAGUAAAAACAAUGUUUACGUAAAAUUUCGGGUCGCGUCCGCGUCGCGUCGUCGAAUAUCGCUCGAUGUGGACCGACCAUUAUCACCGGCCGCCGUUACUUUACGCUUUGGACAAUACAUCUUGGCCAAAAAUUGCGAGCUGGUGUCGAUCUGCUCGCCCUCAUCUGCAUCAGCAACCAUGACAACGGAAUCGAAAAUGGAAUUGGAAAAGGAAGUGGAAUAUGGGCCUCCGCUGCGCGACGAAAGCAAGGCGACAUUUCGACAGGCGGUCGAGGAUUAUUACGAUUGGUUAGGUUGCUGGGUCAUAACGUUGAUGUUCAUCUUCGGUCCGCCGUUUUUGCUGCUGCUCUGCAUAACGCCGCCGCUAUGGAUAAUCGGACUUUUGUACUUCUUGUGGAUGUACUACGACCGCGAAACUCCGCACAUCGGAGGCAGAAGAUUGUUGACGUUGAGGAAAUUGCGAUUUUGGCGAUACCGAAGAGACUACUUCCCGAUCAGACUAGUCAAGACGGCCGAAUUGCCAGCCGACACCACGUACUUAUUUUCUUCGUUUCCGCACGGCAUUUUGGUUUUCGGCGCUUCUACCAACUUCAUCAGCGACGUGAAUCAUUUUGACAAAGCUUUUCCCGGCCUCAAUCCCUACAUCAUGACGCUCAACGCUAAUUUCAACUUUCCAUUUGCCAGAGAAUUGUUAUUAUUUUUCGGCGUUUGCGCAGCUUCGGCCAGAGGUAUUUUGCACGUACUGAACGGACCGCCGGGAAAUGUGUGCGUUCUCAUUGUCGGAGGCGUAGCCGAAGCGUUAAAGUCUGUCCCCGGCAAAUAUCACUUAAUUUUGAAGAACCGAAAAGGCUUCGUUAAGAUGGCUUUGAAGACCGGCUCGUCUUUAGUGCCGGUAUUCUCCUUCGGCGAAACAGACACUUACGACCAAGUAUCGGGGAAAUGGUACAGAUGGUUACAAGGCAAGCUGAGAGCCACUACUGGAAUACCGUUCAUCCUAGUCAAAGGUCGCGGAAUACUCAGUCACUCGUUCAGACUUUUACCACAUAAGCGGCCCAUCACUACUGUUGUGGGAAAACCGAUUAAAUUGCCCAAAGAAGAAAAUCCUAGUCCAGAGCUGGUGGAUAAAUACCACGAAAUAUUUACGCGAGAAUUGAUCGAGUUAUUCGAAAAGUAUAAAGUAAAAUACGACUCGCGAGGAAAGGACGCCACCUUGGUCAUCGAAUAGACACCUCGCAGUCAGUCAAGUCACCACUCACCAGUCACCACCAACAAGUUGGCCAUGCGAUGCGCCUUCCAUCGUCAUAAACGCAAAUUCUACGCGCAAUACGCGUACGCCAGAUUUUUCCUUCGGUCCUCCGUCCGUUUUUACACGUACUAUACCUACUUGUUGUUCUCGCUCCUCUUUCAUUUCUAUCGUUAUCGUUAUGAUCUUGUUGUUUUUCUUUUGUUCUUUGUUUUUGUUUUUUUUUUUUGGUCUUCUUUUCAGAAUUUAUUUAUUGUUCCCAGUACGAGUAUGUACGAGUAUAUUAUAAUGUUUGUACAAUCAUAGUACCACGCAAUGUAUAGGUCUGGUAUAUUCGUACGCAGCAUAGCGAAAUUGUUAUUUAAUUUUUAAUCCGCUACGUACCGUAUAUAAUAAUGUAUUUAUUCAUUUUUUUC